AUAUUUUAUUCUGGACGCAAGAAAUUCAGUUUCUGAUUUAACAUUUGAAAUUUUCAAUCUAUAAAUUCAGACUAGACAGAAACAAUGUUUAAACGAUACAUAAUAAUACGUGAAAUAAUUAUUAGUGUCAUUUUUUUUGUUAUGCCAAGCAACACUUGAAUCUCGCGAGAUUUGAAACUAAAAGGCUCUCGCUACAAGGAGGGAGACGUAAGCAAACUGUUCAAACUAAAUAUACAAGUAAUUAUAAAGCGCUAAUAGGAAGCUGCUUCUUUUUUUUUCAGUGUUGUACCAGUCUGGGAGCCGGUGGUUGGGUUUUGGUACGGACCGUACAUUCCGUAUCUAGUGGAACCGGAAGUGGUGUUUGAUCACCACGAAGUAUUGAGUACAAUGCCGAGCAGUACAGAGAGCAAAGAGCAGGAUGUUCAGACUGAUGACUGGACGCAAGAAAAAUGUGUCAACACUAAUGAAAGUUGGGAACACUUAAUGCGCGGCCUGGUGGAACAGAGUGCCGAGCUGGCAGCGGAGCACGAGUCUCUGGAGAAACAGCUUGUUGCCGAAGACACCGAGUCCAAGAGCCAAAUCAAAGGUUUGGAGAAGAUGAAAGAUGACAAGCAGCGGCAACAUCGGGCUCUCCUCGACAAGAUCGACUCAGUGCGGGUGAAAUUGGAUCUCAACAGCAGCAAGACGACGCGGAAAAACUUCACCGCCAAAGUUGAGGAGCUCACCAGCGAGAGGGAUCAAAAGCUAGAGGUGAAAAAAAGAUUGACCCAAGAGUUGGAGGAGGUCGACGGAAAGCUGAAGAUACUUCGAGAAGAGAAGAGAAUUGAAAAGCUUACUUGUGAACAAGAGAUUGCUGCUUUGCAGCAGGAGCUGGAGAGACUCUCUCAGCAAGUUGAAGAAUCCAAUUGGGCAGCUCGGAAAGAUGAGAUUGCUGCUCUGGAGUCUGAGAGAGAGCUGGCAAUUUCUCAGAGAGAAGACUGGAUUGCAGAAGCUGAAAGAUAUCUGAACACACUCAGGUCGGACACUUCACCUCAGAGCAGCCGCCAUCGAAUCGAAUGGGAGAGAAAUGUGGUAAUGGUUCAGAACAGCUUGAGCAAAAUACAGUUGUUGUAUAAUGAAAACCUAAAGCAGCUUCACAAGGGGCAGCAGCUGGACAGUUUGCCGAAAAUCCCCCUUCCUCCUCUCCCUCACAUACCCAUGAUCGAUUUGCUGAAUUUUGCGUCGUAUGCUGCGAUUCGCCCUCCAGUGACCCAGCCUCAGUUUCACUCAGCCCAUAGAGCCACUCCCCCUCUGCCUCCUGCACAAAACCCAGCAGCCUUCAAGCCACACGUGCUCGAGCAGAAUGUGCCCGUCCCGAGGCUGGCGGUACCCACCGCCAUCCAUGCCCCUGGUCUGCCCUACACUCACCCUACAUACACAUUACCGUACGCUGCUGUCCCUCCAGCCCAGGUGAGCAUCCCGGUUAGUCUCGCAGUAGGAGGUCCGUCUCAAGGGGCGGGGCCAAUGCCGUCAGUACGAAACCCUGCCUCCCAGGCCCUUCCACACAACCCACAACCUGCAGGCAAGCUGGACAAGCUGUUGGAGAUCCUGGGCGCACAGUUCCCACAAUGCACAAGAACUCAAAUAAUGGCUGUGCUGCAGCAGGUGAAGAGUGAGCGUGGCACUAUGGCUGGAAUGUCCAUAGAGGACAUCAGACAACAAGUGGAACAAAGACUCGCACAAAACGAACGUCCGCCUCCAGGCCCCAUAGCGCCCCCUGCAGGUUCCAGACACUCACACAGAAGUCCUCACCGGCCUGCACUGUCCACACGUCCCACUGUCCAUGCUCCCAGCGCUCACAUCUUUCAGUCUCGAGGUCCACAGGCAGCUCCAUCUGCGCGUAAACUCUGUUUAAUGUGUCAGUACCACGUAGAACCUGGAACCCAGUACAACACAAACUGCCUGCAUGUGCUACACAAAGAGUGCAUCAGUGUGUGGCUGCAGUCCAGCAAGAACAACUCCUGUCCUUUCUGUCCCAGCAAAUAAACCCAUGUGGUGCUUUCUUCCAUGUCACAUGAUGCGUACAAGAUCAGGUGAUUUUACAGAAUACGGUUCAUCAUCGACACUGAGGCCUGCUGGGAUUCUUUUCUUCCUUUUAGAAAUCUUUUUAAGCAAGAAAAACAUUGCAGAGCUGUCUGUAAUUAAAUUAUGUCUAUUUUUAAAUAAAAGAUCAUUUAACA